UGGCUUUCAGGUGCCUUCUCACUUCGCAGUCUUCACUCUUCACUGCAUUGGUAGCUCCGUACCCUUACGCAUGCUCAAUCGCUGCUUCGGCGAUCGCUUCAGGUUAACAACCUAAAAUCUCGCUCCUUUAACGGUCCAACUGCCGAUAUUAGUUGGAUUUUGAUCAUACUCGCUUGUUUUGAAUCUCUGAUCGAGACUUUUCCGGCAACUCCACGCAUUCGGCUUGCGGAAAGUCGGAAGCUGAAAGUUCAAUUUCCUUUUCUCUCUAUUGGAGAAGAGCUCGGGAAGAAGAAAUCAAAGACGUGGCUCUUCCAUGGACGUUCGCAGCCCUAAUCAGGGAAUCAUCAUCGUCCCGGACGGGAACUCCUGUAAAGGCAGCGGCUUUAACGAUCCCAUUGAGAUCGAUGACGAGGUCGAGUUUCUCGGAGUGUUGGAAAUGAGCAGAGGAAGCAGCCGUAAACACCCCAUCGUCGUCGAGCAGGAGGGACUCCAUCAAGCUUGGGCUCCUAAUUUUCUUAGACUGAAACCGAAGAGAUCCCGCUCUUUCAAGAAGCCAUUGGUGGAAUCUCCCUGGGCGGGCAAGCCUGUCUUUGAGAUUGGGGAAUCUUCAGGCACUUCAUUACAAGAGAAUUUGGAAAUGGAGUUUGGGGUCUCAUCGGGAUCCUUUCCUAUACGUCUCGAGCCUGAUUUUAAUUGUGAAAUAUGCAUGGAGUCGAAGUAUCCGAACGAGCUAUUCGCCAUUGAAGGCUGCUCUCAUAUCUACUGCAAGAGCUGCGUCAGUCAGUAUGUAGCGGCGAAGGUGGAGGAGAACGUGCUUUUCAUCAAAUGCCCAGAUCCAAAUUGCGUUAAGGGCAAGCUAGAACCAGCGAUGUGCUCGCGGAUACUUGAAGACAGGGUGUUUGAUCUUUGGUGCAAGGCUUUGUGCGAGCUAAUGGUAAAUGAUAAAUUUUAUUGCCCAUUUAAGGAUUGCUCUGCGCUUAUGAUAAAUGAUGAGGAGGAGGUGAUAACAGAUGCAGAGUGUCCGCAUUGCAGUAGACUCUUUUGUGCUCAGUGCAGGGUGCCUUGGCAUGAGGGCUUGAGUUGCGAUGAGUUUCAGAGCUUGGGGAAGAAUGACAGGAAGAUUGAAGAUUUAAUGCUUAUGAAGCUGGCCAAGGAAAGCAAAUGGCAAAGAUGCCCGAAAUGCAAGUUCUUUGUGGAGAGGAGUGACGGAUGCGUGUUCAUUACGUGCAGGCUUGUCAAACCAUCGUUGAAAAGAACAUAAUAGGUGGCUUGUCAUUCACUCGGGAAUUCCCCGCAAAGUUUGCGGCCUCUGCUUCAGUAAUUAUCAAGUUAGUGAAUACUUCCUUU